AUGACAGACCAAAACGAAAAAAUUCCGAAUAGUGAGGGUGGCACUUGUCCGGUAGCAGAAACUCUUUCAUAUUCAACUUUGUCUCCGGAAGUAAAAAAACGUAUAGAAGAGAAUCGUUUCAAAGCAAUGGCAAUACAACUGGAGAGGCUGCAAAAUAGAUCUAAUCGAACUUCUCAAACACCAACUGAGCAGCAAAAUACAGAAUCGACGACUAGCACGAAUGCAAGUAACCGUGAGGAAAAACUACGUCCAAUGAAAAAAUUUCAGAAUUAUGCGGAUUAUGAUUUUUCUAAAAUGGAAAAUACACGAGGUGGAUUUUUACUUGAAGAUUCAGUUGAUAAUUCAAAAAAACGAAAGUUGAGAGAACUCGAGCCAGAAGAUCCACCCAUCAAUCCUAUUCUUUCUGAAAAUCCGAGAUGUAAAGAAUGCAAAUCUGUAGAAAUAGAUUAUCAAUUUCAUCGGACAUUUCGCAUAAAUAUCUGCAAAACUUGCAAGGAAAAGUUUCCUGAAAAGUAUAGUUUACUAACAAAAACUGAAGCGAAAGAGGUGGAAGAAUUCUCCUUUAAAAAAUGGGGAGGUGCUGAAGCACUUGACAAAGAAUUUGAAAAGCGUCAGAAUGAGAAAAAAAAGAGGAAGGAUAAAAAAUUUAAAUCAAAACUUGCAG